AAUAUAAACAUAUGAAUUUGGUAAAUAUAUAUUAGCUUUAAUAUCAUAGGUUAUGGAAUGUUACAUGUAUAGAAAUGAGUGAAAUUCAACAGAUUAAAAGUUUCUUUGACUCACAUCAAGUAAUACUGUCUCCAGAAUGGUUGGAAAGCUGUAUUGAAUGGUGUAAAACUGAAGGUCUGGGUCACAAUUGGACCAUAAAAGAUUUACAAUUUAAAGUUUAUGAACAAUGGCUUCUCUUGGAUUUGAGAGAUGUAGAACUUGCUGCAUUACCACCAAACAUAUCUGAUCAGAAAAAAUACACUCUGACUGGCAGUUAUUCAUUACAAAUUAUGCAAAUAAUUGAUAUAUCUAAACCAAAAAUGUGGCAAUUACAAAAAAUAAGAAAUAACCAUGCUUUAACAAGGAAUCUAGAAAGUGAUAACCAAGAAGUUGGUUCGGGCAAAAGGGUGUUAUUGCUCACACUUACAGAUGGUGUACAAGAAAUUGAAGCAAUGGAAUACAAACCCAUAAAAUCGCUAAAUAUUAAUAGCAAACCUGGUAUGAAGUUAAGAAUUACUGGGCCAAUAAGUGUGAGACGUGGCCGAUUAAUGUUGGAAGAGCACCAUGUAAAAAUUUUGGGAGGUGAAGUUGAAGAAAUUCUUGUUACUAAUGCUGCUGAAAAUAUUCUUGCCAGGGCACUAGGAGUAGAAGAAAAUCCUAAUCCUUUUGUGAUAGCAGAAAAUAUGUUGAGUACUAAUAAUGACAUAACCACACAUGGAAAUAGAGAAAAUAAUCCGCCUUCAAGAAGAAACCAGUCAACUACCAUCUUGAAUCCAGUUCCAAUUCAAAGAAAUAUUCAAUCAAAUAAUAUGAAUCUCAACAGUAACAAACCUCAAAUAAAGAAUGAUUACCCAAGUGAAAAAGAAUUGGAAGAAAUGGAAUUAGAUGCUGAAAUAGAUAUGCUCAUGGAAACUGAAAGAGAAAUGACCACUACCCACACAAAAGUACAAACUCCAGAUAUGUUUGAUGAUGAUUUUGAAGAUAUAAAUGAGGAAGAGAUUCUCAGAAAUGCCAGAAUGGAAACAAAUCCAUCAAAAUCAACAGUUUCACAUAAACCUGAAUGUACUUCAGUUGUGAAAAGUUCUUUAGAAAAUGACUUAUAUGAAUUAAACGAUUUAUGCGAUGACGUAUUUAGCGAUUUUAAUUUAGAUGCUACCAUAAAUAGUCCUGACGAGUUUAUCUCUAUAAAACGACUGAAUGAAAUUAAUAGAGAAAAGAAAACUGGUAUUUACAAAGUUAAGGCCAAGUUCAAAGCAAUUGUAGAGAAAUUAACAGUGAAUGAACAUGAGCUCCUUCUGGUUAUAAAAAUUGAAGAUCCAACUGGAGAUUUUGUAGUAAAAGUGAACAGUGAAAUUAUUACAGGGUUUGCUGGUUAUACCCCUGCUGCUUUUAUGAACCUGAAGGGAAAUAUACAGAACAAAGAUCAAAGUGCAACACUUAAAGUUAUUAAGGCUCUAAAAGAGAUAAAGGAAAACUUAAUGAAACUAGAUUCAGGAAUGGAAAUUAAAUUGGAACAAAAUGGAAAUCAAGCAUGUCUUGUGAAACUGUUGUGAUACUAUUUAAAAUUCAAUUACAUUUA